AUUUCAUGCCGCAGUCGCAGCAGUUUCAGCAUCCUUUCUAUAUCUUCGGUCGUUCCCCUGCUCAGCAACAACAACAGCAGUAUCAGCAACCACAGCAACAGCAGCAACAACAGCAACAGCAACAACAGCAACAACAACAGCAACAGCCAGGCAUUGUUUUUCAGCCUCCAAAUUUACUUAACAAUACUCAGAUCAAGACAACCGUACCUUUUAAUGGUGUUGACUUCUACUCCUGGAGCUUUGAGUUUGAGCUUCUGGCGCAGUCCGCUGGGCUAUGGCCGUUCUUCACUGGCGAGUUUACGUAUCCUGUCGUGGGAACACAACUGGAGCAGCAGAGUUUCUUGCACGCCUCUCUCGGGGCGUAUACAGUUCUUGUACGGAACUUGUCGCCGAAGGAGUAGCUCGGCGUUCGAUCAUUUCACUCAAGUU